AAACGGUAAGUUUUUAAAAAAAAAAUUAGACACGAGUUAGAAUUUAAAAUAAAAAGAUUGUAUUAGAUAGUCGAAGAAAAAAUAGUUUGAUCAAUUAGAUAAAAAGACAGACAAUUAAAGGAAAUGUUUUUAUUUGAUAAAUUUUCAUUUAAUAAAUAAAGAACCAAAUGAAAUGAAAUAUACAAACUCGAAAAAUACAAACUCGAAAGAUGAGCUUAUUUAUAUUAAUGUUAGUGGACAGUUAUUUAUUACUACGGCGCAAGUGUUAAACAACUUUCCUAAUUCGUUAUUAGGAAACAAAGAAAAAAGAGAUCAGAUUCAAAAAAUUAACGGAGAACUAUAUUUUAACCGACAUCCUAAAGUGUUUGAAAGCAUUUUGAACUUUUAUCGAUACGGUAUUUUAGAGCAACCUUCUCAAGUGAAUCAAUUGAUUUUUGUUAAUGAUAUUAAAUUUUACGGACUUUUUGAUGAAGCAUUGGAAGUUGGAACGAAAGGGUUACAUUUCAGGGAAAAGUAUUUAUCGUCUUGUAAAACAGAUAACAACAGGCGGAAAAUUCACAAUCAAAGGAAUUGGAAAAUUUACAAUCAAAGGAAUUGGAAAACAUAUAUAUGGAGCGUUUUAGAAUGUACCGAUUCUUCCUUCUUUGCUCAAACUUUUUCUUUUUUUUCUUUGUUUGUAAUAAUUCUUUCAACAGUGGUAUUUUGUAUGGAAACAAUGCCAAUUUACAAAGGAAAUGAGAUUUCAAAUAAAAAUAUAACAAUCAAAAAUACUUUAUUAAAUUUGGAGAAGUUUUGCAUAGUUUUUUUUACAGUAGAAAGCGUAACUCGUUUCUUUACGUCUCCAAAUAAACUGAGCUUCAUUAAAAACAUCUCCAACAUUAUUGACGUCAUCUCAAUUAUACCAUUCUACAUCACAUUAAUUUUAAAUGAUAACGAAACAGUGUCAGCUUACGUGCUGCGCGCAAUACGACUCACUCGCGUGUUCCGCAUAUUUAAACUAUCACGUUAUUCAAGCGAAAUGAUAGUUCUAGGUAUUACAAUAAAAGAAAGCUUUCUCGAACUUCGUGUUUUUUUACUUUUCAUGUUUGUAGGUGUAUUAAUAUUUUCAAGUGCAGUUUAUAUUGCAGAAGAUGGAGACCCAGAAACACACUUUUCCAGUAUUCCCGACGCUUUUUGGUGGAGUAUUGUAACUUUAACAACAGUAGGGUAUGGAGAUGUGUACCCAAAAUCUCAAACUGGAAAACUUGUUGGUGCUUUCUGUGCAAUUACAAGUAUCUUAGUGGUUGCCAUCCCAGUACCCAUCAUUGUUAAUAACUUUACCCAAAAUUACCAAUUUUUAAAACCGGUAUCAAAAUACUGGGAUAUUUUACAGCAAAAAAAAAACAUGAACUGCGAAGGGUUCGGUAAAGGUAUAUCUCUUAAUGUUAAUCAAGAUAAGGGUUAAUUUGAUUGAUACGUCAUUAAUAAUAUUGCAAUGUUAAUGGAAGUAUAUAACUGCUUAUUUUAAUUGGUGACGCUAUUUACACUGACUACGUCAACAUUGUGGUUACAUCAAAAUGGUAUUAUUUCACGCAAUCAAGUAACAGUAAAAGUAAGUAAGUUAACAAAAAAAAAACUGUGACAACAACAAGAUCAGUUUAAUGUAACAAUUGUAUUAAUGUAAUGUAACAACUAUAAUUACAACUGUUAUAAGUCAAAGCUUUUGUUUUGUUAAUUAUUUGGUUAAC